AUGGCUAGUGGUAAAGGACUCUUGUUCGUCUAUGGUGACCACGGUGGCGGGGUUACAGAAGAUGAUUUCAAUGCCUGGUACGACAAUGAACAUGCUCCGGCUCGUCUAACAGUACCAGGGAUCCUCACUGCGGUUCGUUACAAAGCCAUCGACCACAAAUCUCCGAAAUGGCUCGCGUUAUACGACAUGACUGGCCCUAGUGUUCUUCAAACCGACGAGUAUCGAAGCCUACGGACAAAUGCAUCCCAGAAUGAAAGAAACAUAAUCUCUAGGCUAUCACUUCUCAACCGUCAAAUUUUCACCCUCAUAUCUUUGAUAUCUUCUUCAUCCACUUCUCAGACCGCAUACGGGAAGUUCUUGUAUGUGGUUCAUAUGAACGUGAUCACGACCAAGGAAUCAGAAGUUGACCAUGAAGCCGAGUUCAUCAAUUGGUACUCGGCUACCCGCAUUGAGCUUCUCAGAAGAGUUCCUGGAUGGAUACGCUCCCGAGUUUUCAAAAUCGAAGGCCACCUGGAAUUGGCUGGUAUGGUGGAUAAAGUUUCCCCAUUGGUCAAGAAACCACCGACCAAGUUCAUAGCGCUGCAUGAGUGGGAUACGGAGGGUAUCGAGGUGAUAGGAUCGACUAAAUUCAAGGAAUGCAUGACUGCCGAACAGCCGUGGACGACAGAGAUCCAGAAGGCCUAUGCGGAAAUGGAAGACCGAAGAUUCGCCCUGUACAAGACAUUUGAUCAAUGA